AUGGAUGUAAUAAAAUCAUUAACAGAUCAAACAAAACAAUCAAUAUUUCCUCAAGAAUUUAUUACACAGUCAAUUUCUUGUGGAAUGGAAUUGACAAAACAAGAAAUUGAAGAUUCAAAUAUAUUUUUUAAUAGAGAAACUGAUAUACAACUGAUUGAUUUUAUGAAUAAAAAUAUAGGUGAUAAUUCUGAACCAUCAUCUGAUUCAUUGAUUGUUAAUUUUAUUACCGAUUAUCUAAUGAUUUUAUAA